AUGGGAUUGCACAUGGUGGCCAUGGCUAAGUUUCAUCACUUGCAACUAGCAGCAACUAGCAACGGUUUGAGUCCUGCGGUGGUGGUGGCUGGAAUUGUGUGUCCGUUGUCUCUGAAGUUGUUUAUGAGUUUAAGAAUUUUUCGAGAAGAAGUAAUUUAUAAAGCAAGGUUGUUCUUGUUCCGAUUGGGUCGUAUUGCUUUCAACAAUGAAAUACUAUUUGCCAAUGGCACCAGGUUUGAGCGAUUUCUUCGUCUAAUAAGCCAAACCAUUGUUCCCACAUCCACUCCUACUUCAGAGGAGACAUUAAACAUGCUUUCAAUUACCGCACUUUAA